GAGCAGACAUUCACAGAAACACUCUUGCGAUUGAUCAUGAAGCAGGUGUGCUGGAACUGAAUCCACAUCAGACUCAGAGGAGAAAUCGUGGAUUUGCGGGGAUGUGCGCGUGCGUGAGGAUUCGUACCGAUGGUUUUUGAGGGCACGAGCAUGAGGAACGGACGGGCUCUGUCCGAUCAGUGGGCCGACAGCGUGGUGGUCCGGCCCCGCACGACAGAACAGCACAUCACGGUGCACAAGAGACUCGUGCUGGGCUUCGCUCUCUCCAUCCUCACCCUCAUCAUCGUCACGGCCAUCGCCAUCACGCUCAGCGUGAGCUUCGAGAGAUGCACCGGGGAGAGCAGCGGGGCUCUGGCCGCUAACGGCUCCAGUAACAGUAAAGUGAAGCAGUCCCGGGACGGCAACAGCAGCAGAGACUCAGAGGACGGCCAGCAGCCCUGGAGACAUGUGCGCUUACCGGCCACCCUGCGCCCUCGCCACUACGACCUCCGACUGUCCGUGUACAUGGAGAACUUCACCUUCUCCGGUGAGGUGAACAUUGAGUUUGAAUGCGUCCGCGCCACUAAGUUUAUCGUGCUGCACACGGACAGGUUGGAGAUGGAGAAAGUGCUGGUGUAUUCAGACAGUAAGAAGGCUGCAGGUGCCAUGAGGAUCCAGCGACGCUUCCACUAUCAGCUCAAACAGGUGUAUGUGAUCGCACUGCACAGAGAGAUGAAGCCCCUCAGAACAUACAAGAUCAACAUCACUUUUCAUGCGCUCAUUCAACAUGAACUCUUGGGAUUUUUCCGCAGCUCAUACGUGCUGCAUGGAGAGAGAAGGUAUCUUGCUGUGACGCAGUUCUCACCGACUCACGCCAGAAAGGUGUUCCCGUGUUUCGAUGAGCCCAUCUAUAAAGCCACAUUCAGAGUGAGUUUGAAACAUGAGAGCUCAUAUCAGUCCCUGUCCAACAUGCCAGUGGAGGCCUCUACAUCUGAUGAGGACGGGUGGGUGACCAACCAUUUUUCCAGGACGCCCCGCAUGUCCACAUACUACCUGGCCUGGGCCGUGUGCAACUUCACCUACAGAGAAACAGUCACAGAUAAUGGAGUUGUGGUUCGUCUGUACGCCAGACCUGAUGCCAUCCAGAGUGGAUCGGGGGACUAUGCUCUUCACAUCACCAAAAGACUUCUGCAGUUCUACCAGGAUUACUUCAAAGUCAAAUAUUCCCUCCCCAAAUUAGAUCUGCUGGCUGUGCCGAAGCAUCCAUAUGCAGCCAUGGAAAACUGGGGUCUGAGUGUAUUUGUGGAGCAGAAGAUAUUGUUGGAUCCUGACAUCUCCUCCUCCUCCUAUCAGAUGGAGCUCACCAUGGUGGUGGUGCACGAGAUCUGUCACCAGUGGUUUGGAGAUCUCGUCACUCCAGUUUGGUGGGAGGACGUUUGGCUGAAGGAGGGAUUUGCUCAUUUCUUUGAGUACAUUGGGACUGAUUUUCUCUUUCCAAAGUGGAACAUGGAGAAGCAGAGGUUUCUCACUGAUGUUCUUCAUGAGGUGAUGUUAUUGGAUGGUUUGGCUACUUCUCAUCCAAUCUCUCAACAAGUCUAUGAAGCCACAGACAUCGACAGAGUGUUUGACUGGAUAGCAUAUAAGAAGGGAGCCGCUCUGAUCCGUAUGCUGGCUAACGUCAUGGGACAGUCACUAUUCCAGAGAGCACUCAAUGAUUAUUUGAUGACACACAUGUAUGGGAACGCUGAUAGAGACGACUUGUGGAAUAAAUUGUCUGAGGCCAUGCAGAGGGAGGGGAAGGACAUCAACAUCACGGAGGUCAUGGACCGCUGGACUCUUCAGAUGGGAUAUCCCGUCGUUACCAUCAGCAAGAACGACAGUCUUGACAACAAUGUCUCCAUCUCCCAAGAGCACUUUGUCUAUGACACAGAUGCCAAGAUCCACCAUCCUGAGCUGUUCAACAAAAGCUUCCAAUGGCAAAUUCCCCUGACGCUCACAGUGGGAAACUCCAGUCACAUAUCAACAGAGACAAUCAUCUGGCUCUCCAAUAAAACAGAGAUGCACAGAGUUAGUCAAAUGGAUGGGGAGACAUGGUUGCUUGGAAACAUCAAUCAAACAGGUUACUUCAGAGUGAACUACGACCUCAACAACUGGAGACUUCUCAUUCAGCAGCUGAUGACCAACCCAACGAUCAUCUCCGUGGGCAACAGGGCUGGUCUGAUCGAUGAUGUCUUCAAUCUGGCAAGAGCGGGGUAUCUACCCCAAAAUAUCCCCAUGCAGAUCAUCUCAUACUUGUCUCAGGAGAGUGAGUUUCUGCCAUGGCAUGCUGCUAGUCGAGCUCUUUACCAGCUGGAUAAACUCCUGGACCGAACAGAAGACCACAGUCUGUUUAGUGACUAUGUGCUUAAACAGGUGGCACCAAAGUAUCACAAGAUGGGCUGGCCAUCCACUUCCUCUGACGGCUCCUUCAUGCAGGCUGCUUAUCAGACUGAAGAGCUGCAGAGAGAGGUAAUCAUGUUGGCCUGUAGUUUUGGAAACAAACACUGUCAUCGUCAAGCUGUGUCUCUCAUUUCAGACUGGAUUUCCAGCAACAAGAACAGGAUCCCCCCCAAUAUGCGGGACAUUGUGUAUUGCACAGGCGUGUCUCUGAUGGACGAGGAUGUGUGGGAGUUUAUCUGGAUGAAGUUCCACUCCUCCACUGCUGUUUCUGAGAAAAAGGUUCUUCUGGAGGCCUUGACCUGCAGUGACAACAUCUUCCUGCUCAACAGACUCCUAAAUCUGUCUCUGACCUCUGACCUAGUGCCAGAUCAAGACGUGAUUGAUGUCAUCAUAAAUGUGGGCCGCAAUCCAACCGGAAGACAUUUAGCAUGGAGAUAUUUCAGAGAAAAGUGGGACAUAUUAAAUUCCAGGUAUGGUGAAGCUUUAUUUAUGAACUCUAAAUUAAUCAGCGGUGUGACCGAGUUUCUCAACACUGAGGCCGAGUUGAAUGAGCUGAAAGAGUUUAUCCUGACCAGUGGAGGAGGGGCGACACCUGCAUUCGCUCGAGCCGUUGAGAUCGUUCAAGCUAAUGUAAAAUGGCACACGCUGUACGAGCAACAGUUCUACCAAUGGCUGCGGAAAGCUCCCGACGGUUAAUGCAACAUCAAGCAUGGAAAACUCUAUAAGCAUGGAAGCUCUAUCAGACAUUGAGGCCAGUGACUUGAGGAGACUAAAGUGAUAAUAAAAUAGGCCUAUACAUUUCUGGAUAAUGAGAAUCUGCAAAAUCAAGUUUUAUUUCCCUGCUGUUUAAGAUGCGAGCUGGCCCUGACUGAGAACAAGAUGAAGGGAACAGUUUAAGAGGAAGCUGAACUAAAGGAAUCAACACUGAAAAUUGCAUGGUGGUGUACACUGGUAGUGAGAAAUGAUGUUAUUUCCAUUGUCCCAUUGUAUUUUGCAUGAAACUCAUUUCCUUUGUCCAAUCAUCCAGUUUGCUGAAAUUUGACCUCCUAAGAGUCCAAAGGUGCUCAAAUUUUCUUUGAAGAUCAGACCGCAGUACAAGGAGACUGCUUUUCGGUAUAUAAACACAAUUUACACAAAGAUCAUCGGAUGUGACAAUCAGUGUUUCCAUUGGACGGAAGGACAAAAGGGGGACAAAGCAGAUUAAGAGGAGAAACAUGCAUGUAGCCUUUCUUUCUCUAAAGCCAUAAAGUGGAGCAGACUGAAUUGUAUCUCUUGUACAGUUCAAAUUCUUAUUGUUUGAUCUGUUUGGACCCUCUUAGCUGAAGUGUGUAUUUUUUUAUAUGUUAAAAUACAGCUUAAUAUACAUGGAGACUUCAUCCAGCUGUAAGUCUAAGCCAUCCGUAGGUUGAUUUCCCCCAAUCAAAGAUAUUUCUCUGUUUGUUUGAGCAUCCCGACCUGUCUGACACAGCAACAUUUGCUCAACCAAUGGCUUGUGUUUGGGGUGAGACUAUCUAUUUUUUGACCAAUGGAAGAUGGGGGGAGCUUUCAGUGAAAGCUAUUUGAAAACUGUGAUUUUUUUUGUACCUUCAUUCUGUGAUGCAGAAAUUGCACACUUCACCUUUAAAGAGACAACACUCGAUGAGAGCAGGAGUGGUGAUAAUAUAACUGACAGGUGUCCUGUAUCAUUUGCAGUCUUUUGCCUGUGUUUUGGAGGGUCUGUCCUUGAAUCUUUGGUAUGUUUGUUGAGUGGAAAAUAUAUUCUGUGUGUCAAUAUUUUAAUGUAUAAUUCAAUGAUUUGCUGGAGGGAGGUCAAUUCAUUCAGUGCAGGGCUGAGUUGCAUUAUCUUAAUGAAGUACUGUACACUGUUGUGUUAUUUAUGGCUUUUUGCACGGAGACUGAUUACAGUAUGAAAGCUGCCAUAGUUAUAUAUUUUUCUUUCUUUUCAAUACAUCAACAUGAAUGGACGUAAGUGUCCAACAUUCCUUCUGAAAAUACGUUUGAAGUGUCUCCCAGGCUUGGGUAGAAUUCAGAGUUUAAGAAUUGGCUUUCGGUUGGAAUUAACAGAAUUGCAAUUCAAAGAAAUUCCACACAGUCACACAACAGGAAUUGAAUCAGUCCAACACAAGUUGUCAAAAAUUGAAAUUGCAUUAUUAAUUUUGUAACUAAAAUAACACAUAUGCCUAUUUAUUCUCUGAUAUGCAGAUUUUUUUUUCUCAAUUCAUCAGACAUAUUUCUCCUAAACUAAUACUGUCAAAACAAAUAACACAACCUAUCAAAAACUAGCUUGCCAUUGAGCAACACAACCACAUUUAUACUUUAUAAUAAAGUAUAAAAAGUGACAUCAAGAAUUGAAUCUGCUGAUUACAUAAUAUGUAAUAAUUAUAAUGUUAAAUAUACCUAGACUGGCGGCCAAAGGUUUGGAAUAAUCUACAGAUUUUGCUCUUAUGGAAAUAAAUUGGUACUUUUAUUCACCAAAGUGGCAUUUAACUGAUCACAAUGUAUAGUCAGGACAUUAAUAAUGUGAAAAAUUACUAUUACAAUUUGAAAAAAAUGUUCAACUACUAUGUUUUAAAUUACUUCAAAGAGUUCUCAUUAAAAAAAUCCUCCAUGUGCAGCAAUGACAGCUUUGCAGAUCCUUGGCAUUCUAGCUGUCAGUUUGUCCAGAUACUCAGGUGACUUUUCACCCCACACUUCCUGUAGCACUUGCCAUAGAUGUGGCUGUCUUGUUGGGCACUUCUCACGCACCUUACAGUCCAGCUGAUCCUAGAAAAGCUCAAUGGGUUUAAGAUCCAUAACACUCUUUUCCAAUUAUCUGUUGCCCAAUGUCUGUUUCUUUGCCCACUCUAAACUUUUCUUUUUCUGUUUCAUAAGUGGCUUUUUCUUUGAAAUUCUUCCCAUAAGGCCUGCACCCCUGAGAUUUCUCUCUACUGUUGUACAUGAAACUGGUGGUGAGCAGGUAGAAAUCAAUGAAGCUGUCAUCUGAGGACAUGUAAGGCAUCUAUUUCUCAAACUAGAGACUCUGAUGUACUUAGCUUCUUGUUUAAUUUUACAUCUGGGCAUUCCAUAUCUCUUUCUGUCCUUGUUAGAGCCAGGUGUCUUUUGUCUCUGAAGACUGUAGUGUACACCUUUGUAUGAAACUUCAAUUUCAAGCAUUGUAUUACCUUCAUUCCUCAAAACAAUGAUUGACUGAUGAGUUUCUAGUUUCUUUUUUGCCAUUUUUGACCUAAUAUUGACCUUAAGACAUUCCAGUCUAUUGCAUACUGUGGCAACUCAAAAACAAACAAUGUUAAGCUUCAUUUAACAAACCAAAUAGCUUUCAACUGUGUUUGAUAUAAUGGCAAGUGAUUUUCUUGUACCAAAUUAGCAAUUUAGCAUGAUUACUCAAGGAUAAGGUGUUGGAGUGAUGGCUGUUGGAAAUGGGGCCUGUCUAGAAAAUGACUUUUUUAAAAUAGUGAUGGUGCUGUUUUUUUACAUCAGUAAUGUCCUGACUAUACUUUGUGAUCAGUUGAAUGCCACUUUGGUGAAAAGUCUGGUUCUGGAAGUAAAAAUCCCAUUGAUUUUUUAUUUAUUUUUAUUUAUUUUUUUCAUAGGGGAAUUUAUUUUAACUAUAACAUAUAAAUGAACUCCAAUGUCCUUAAUCGAUGGUACUCAGGGUUGGGGAGUAAAGGAAUACAUGAACGGGAUUACUUAUUUAAAAUACAAAAUAUAAGUAACUGUAUUCCACUACAGUUACAAUUUAAAUCAUUGGUAAUUAGAAUACAGCUACAUUCAAAAAG